CAUUCAGGCAAGCAAUCUCCAAACAUCGUUUUUCUUAAAUCAAUUGUCCCUGAUCAAUAUGAAUAUCAAAGUUGGGAAAGACCCCCACGUCCUUGUUAUUGGAGCAGGAAUCACUGGCUUGCUAAUUGCGCAAGGUCUCAAAAAGAAUGGCAUUAAGUGCAGUAUCUUUGAAACCGAAAGUAGCGCUUCAUACCGUUCCCGCGAAUGGACAAUGGGAAUUCAUUGGGCUGUGCCAUUGCUCCAACCGCUGUUGCCUGAUAAUAUUUGGCAACGACUGAAUACUACGCAACCGGAUCCAGACUAUACUCCUAAACCCACGGAUACGUUUAGUCUCUACAACGGCGCAACUGGAGAAUUGCUGAAGACUUUACCCACAGGAGGGAUGAGAAGAGUUUCUCGGAGUAGAAUGAGAGCAUUGUUUAGUGAGGGUAUUGAAGUGAACUAUGGGAAGACUCUAAGUUCCAUCUCAUUUAAUGAGAAUGGUAAUGGGGUAUUUGCUCAUUUCUCAGAUGGGACCAGUACCAGUGGAGAUGUGUUAAUAGGGACCGAUAGACCAAGAUCAAAAGUCCGAGAUUUGAUCGUUAGAGAAGGUUCGGAUGCAAGUUCAUCUGGUGUAAUAAUGGCAGAUGUCAGAUCCAAGUACACGGCUGCGCAAGCAUUGGAACUUCGUCAACAUGCCGCCCUUACCACUGUCGCUUUCCAUCCCAAUGGAUCCUACCUAGCUGUCUUUGCGCACGAUCUCAGAUCAUCAGACCCACAAGACUGGGAGUUUCGAACUGUAUAUUCUUCUAUGCCUCAAGAUUUCAGCGGAGGUGAAGCAGAAAGAUUGCGCUUGUUCAAAAUGAAAGCAGCGGAGUACGUGGGUGCAUGGAAGAAUGCUAUUGAGUGGACUCCAGAGGGUACUCCGGUUGAGUUCAAUAAUUUGGUGUACUGGAAGACGGUUGACUUCGACAAUAGAGGAGGAAGGGAGACGCUGGCGGGUGAUGCUGCACAUCCGAUGACACCACAGAGAGGUCAAGGUUUGAAUCAUGCAGUUUGUGAUGCGGUAAAUCUGGUUUCAGCAUUAAGCAAGGUGCAAAAGGGAGAGAUGAAUUUGAAAGAGGCUGUUACCGAGUAUGAUACCGAGAUGAUAAAGAGAGGAGGGGACGAGAUGGAGGCAGCUUUGUUGAACACGAAGAUGGUUCAUGACUGGAAGUCCCUUUUGCAAUCCCCUCUAGUUAGUAAAUCUGUGGCAAGGGGGAAUUGAAGGUGUAGUGCACAUUUAUAGCUCGCAAGUAGCGGUGGGUUAUUACUCUUGAUUUUCAACGCAAAUACGAUACUAUGGCACAAGGUCUGAAAUGAACGAUUUUAUUGAGUAAUAAGUUAAUGUUCAGGC